AUGGGACCUCGUCGCCACGCGCUGGACCACGCUCGUAAAGCCGAGGCGACGGCGGCCCUGUCGGGGGAGGCCCGCGAGGCUGCCCCCUGGAUCGCCGCCGCCAACGACGUCCCAGGGCCCGAGUGCGCUCCCCCCCAGCCCCCCUCGGCGGGCUCAGGUGUCCUGGACAGCCCCGGAGACGUCUUCGGGUUCGGUCGGGUCAAGCGGGUCGUGGACUUCCCAGAGGUCCCGAGGGAGAUGAUCGAGCAGCAGUGGUCCGUCGUCGGUCGCUUCCCGUGGAGGCGCAAGGGGGAGAGUAUCGCCGUGUACGGGACCAGGGCCACGUUGUACGGGUUUCGUCAUCUUCUUCGUUCGUCUCGGAACCUCGGGAAGCACGUGGUGGUCCUGGGGGACUCGCAGUCGACGGCCGGGGCGGUGGCGCGGUUUCGGAGCGACAGCCGUAGCAUGAUGCGGGUCGCCCAGGCGAUCGCGGCCCUCUCGCUCGCAACCGGUUCGGCCUUGCAUUAUCGGUGGUUGCCCUCGGAGUGGAACGUCGCGGACUCUCCUUCUCGUGGCCUCUGGGCUCCAGCUGCUCCGAGCCCGCUCGAUUUCUCCAAACAUGCUCCCGCGGGCCAGACCCGCACCGACCUCGACCGGCGCACGGAUGGCGCCGCCGGCGGCGCCUGCGGCCUCGCUGGCCUCGCCGCUGGUCAGGCGGGGGGCCACCCGAGGUGCCAUGACGGCGAACCUCUCUACCCAGCCGUUGCUCGCCCUCCUCCACCCAAGAGGAAGCGCCAGACGGUGGCCGACGUCGCGGCCCGGCGGAGGGCCUCUGCCGUCACGGUGGGGGGGCUCACGGUGCUGGAGAGCGCCUCGGUUCGGCCUCGGACGCGGCAGAAGUACCAGUCGCUGUUCGCCGAGUUCCUGGCGUGGCUCGCCGUCCCGGUGGCAACCUCCGAGGCGGGCGUCGACCAGCAGCUCGUGGGGUGGCUGGACGCGCUGUACCUGGGCGGCGAGAACCUGGGCGCGGCCCAGUGGGGCUUCGCGGCGGUGACGUUCUUCACGGGCCUCCAGAAGUCCGCGGGGGCCCUCGUGCCCAGGAGCCGGAGGGCCCUUCAGGGGUUCAGGCGCUGCUGCCCUCCCCAGUCGCGGCUGCCGCUGCCGCGCGAGGUGGUGGCCCUGAUCGCCAACGAGCUGGUCAGAUCGGGGAAGCUGCCCUGCGCGAUCGCGAUCAUCCUGAUCUUCGAGCUGUACCUUCGGCCAGGCGAGGUCUUCAGCGUGAGGGGGGUGGACCUCGUACCCCCAGUGCCGGGCGUGACAAGCGCCCCCUGCUGGGCCAUCACGCUUCGCGCGCAGGAGGUCGGGAGGUCGUCAAAGACGAACGAGUUCGACGAGUCCAUGCGCCUGGAUCUGGAGCGGCAUGCCCCUCUCGGCCCGGCGCUCAAGGCCCUUUGUCAGGGCCGGAGCCCGCGCUCGCCGAUCUUCGACUUCACCCUGAAGGACCUGGUGGCGGCGGUGUGCGGCGUCGUGCGGAGCCUCAAGCUGGACGAGUACCUCGGCGACGUCCACCUGUGCCAGCUCAGGCACGGCGGCGCCUCGCACGACUCCGCCGGGGGCUUCAGGAGCCUGGAGGACGUGAGGCGCCGCGGGCGCUGGCGGUCGUGGGCUUCGGUCAGGCGCUACGAGAAGGGCAGCCGCAUCGGCCAGGUGCUGCUCAAGCUGCCCGACGACCUCCGCGCCCACGCGCUGUCCUGCGAGCGCUCGAUGGCCUCCAUCGUCCGCUUCUUCCUCGAGGUCUUCUCGGGGUCAGGCCGGCUCGGCCAAGCAGUCGCGAGGGAGGGCGUGAACGUUCUUCUCUGGGAUGUGGAGCUGGGUGCCGAUUACGAUCUUCGUCUGUCCCGGAACCGCAGCCUCAUCAGAGGAUGGAUCCGCUCAGGCAUCGUGAUCGGCGUCCACUUGGGAACGUCAAACUCGUCUCCCAUGGGCCUCGACGACCUGAGCCACGCCGACGCCGACAAGGUUCGCGUCGGCAACUUGUUAAUGUUUUUCUCCGUGGCGGUGAUGCGGGAUGCUAUGAUUUUGGGAAUACCAGCUACUCUGGAGAACCCCGCCCGGAGCCGCAUCUGGAUUUGCCCCGCCAUGCAGAGACUUCAAACAUCCAACAAGAUCAAUUUCACUGUCACCGAUUUCUGCAUGUGGGGCGCCCAGUGGAGAAAGUCGACCGGCUUCCUCAGCACGGGGCUGUGCAUGGACGCCCUCGCCGAGGCUCGCUGUCUCGGCGCCAAGCGUGGCCUGUGCAAGCGCUCCGGCCAGCCGCACAUCCCCAUCCAAGGGAAAAACGACAAGGGUGUCUUCUGGUCCAAGAUCGCCGAGCCUUAUCCUCCUGGACUUUGUAGAGCCCUGGCUUCUAUCUACUACAAUGCGUGGGCCUCGUCUAGAGCCGAGCUGUUCAACAAGAAGGUGUUUGCG